CCUCUACCCCCCACCCCCACCACUAGAUGUCAGAGGAUCUAGCAAAGCAGCUAGCAAGCUACAAAGCUCAACUCCAGCAAGUUGAAGCUGCAUUAUCUGGAAAUGGAGAAAAUGAAGAUUUGCUAAAAUUGAAAAAAGAUUUACAAGUAAGUAUGGGGGGACACUUCAAGUUACAUUGCUUGUAAAGAGUGUUUUUGUGUUUUUCAAAUGGUUUAUUGCUUAAGAUCCCUUGGUACCCAAAGCAUUCUUUGGCAGGGGUACUCUCCAUGUAUGUGCACAUGUGUAUAUAUGCUCAUAGGCACACAUGGCUCAGAAGUAGAGUUGCUUCCUCAGUGUGUAUAUGUCAAAAUGAGUGGAUCAGCAUUGUUCUUUAUUAUGCAAAUCUUGUAUGCGCAUAUAAUUUUUAAAAUAAGAGUUGAUUUUGGAAGUCUGUCAGAUUUUCAGGAGAGGAGGUAUACAUAAUUUUACGAUGGAAAGCACAUUUUUUGUUUUUUAAAAAAAGACCUGGUGAAAGAGAUUUAGUUCAAAAGAGAAUGAAGAUUAAAGGAAACAAGUAUAACCUGACAGGAUUCUUUUUAAUGCCACAAUAUUCUUUGAAGGUGAAGUAAGUGUGUGUGUGUUUCAAAGCUUAUGGGUUACAGCCAGUAUUGAAAACAAAUUAGAAAAAUAAAGAGAUAGUUGUUUUCUGCAUAAAUGUUACAUAGAUGUUUGAACUCAAGGCCAAGUUUUACAUGUUAUUGUUGGCACUUAAUUGAAAUUAAAUUCAUGUGGUGAAAAGGAAAUCUUAAUGUGUUUUGUUUUUGUGGGUCAAGGAGGAGUUCAGUAGGUACAGAACCUUCUUUUUUAAAACCCACACUGGGAUUUCAAGACAGAGUUGUGAUGGUAAAUAGCUGUUGUUUCUCACGUUGAUGAAGAAACACUCUAUAUAAAUAUUUGUGGAUGUUUAUGACUUUUCAUCUUAGGAACAAACUUGAGGACGUCUUUAAAAUUCUGAACCUGAUAUUAAAAAGUUUUAAAUGAUGUUUUGUUCAGAUGAUCUUUAUUGAUUCAGUACAAAACUUGAAUCACCUUUAUCGUUUCUAAAUAAUUCUUCCCUGCGUUUAUGAUCCCCUCACACAUUAAAACUAUAAAUAUUUUAGAUAUGUUAGAACUGCAAACAUGAAACUUAUUUGAAAGAGGGUCCAGAUUUGGGAUUCUGAAAGAGUUUACCUGGGCGUAAUUAAGAUGAGUUGGAUAGUUUCAAGUUCAAAUUCCAGAUUUUUUAUAAACUUCAUAUAGUUAGAAUAGUUUGUUAUUUAUUUAAAACACAGAAAACAUCUAGGAUAAUUCCAGUAUGAAUAGGACCCCUCUUCAGUAUGUGUAAGUCAGGCCUAUAGAUUGCACGGUGCCAGUCAAUAAGAAAAUGAUGUUUUGGAGAAAGUUCUCCCACUCCCAAGUCCCUCGGUAAAAAUAAUCCAACAGUUUGGUACCUGUACAUUCAAUUUGCUCACGUGUUCUUUGAGUAUGUAUUGGAGAUGAAGAAUAUGCAAUGAAGGUGAAGAGACAGGCAGACUGACUACUUACAUAUUUAUUUAUAUGCUGUAAAGCACCAAGUUCCUGUUUGCCUCAGAGAUAUCCCAGCAUAUCCCAUCUGCUUUACCAACUUAAAAGCAGUCCUUUUUUUACCGUGAAGAAAAUGAAACAUUGUGUGCCAGUGUUGCAUAUAUUGUUUCCUAGGCAGUGGGAGGAGGGGUAUAUGUGGAACUGGGGGAAGGGAGAGUUAGGAGUGGAGGUUGAAACAGCAUAAUGAGAUCUUUUUAAUAUUUCUAGAAUAAAUCAUCAUUAGAAUCUGGGCAGAAAUGCCUUACUAUGACAUGAUCUGUAGUGGAAAAUACUGUACGGGGAGAGAGAGACCAUUGUGGUAGGCAUUAUAGUAAGCACAUAACUGGCUUACAUAGGAUUCAGCGAAUAAUUAGUUGGGAGUCAUUUAUCUGUAAAAUAGCUGCUUUUCUAUAACCAUUUAGAGCAGCGCUGUCCAAUAGAACUUUCUGUGAUGAUGGAAAUAUAUGUAUCUGCUGUUCAAAACCACAGCGACUAGCUACGUGUGGCUAUUGAAUAUUUGAAACGUGGCUAGUGUGAUGAGGAACUGUUUUUCAUUUUGUGUAAGUAAAUAGCCACAUUGGAUGGCACAGACUUAGAAGAUUAAGUUCUAACUCUUGAGAUAGCAAUAAUACAGAGUGUUUUUACUGACUAAUCUUGAUCACAGUUUCUUCCCCUUACUCUGUCAUGGAGAAAAAAAAAGUUUCAUUUGGUUACUAAACCUAGGUCUGUUUUGAAUAAAAACUACUCAAAGAUGGAAGGCAUCUUUUAAAAUUAAAUGAGAUUUUGAAAAGUAAGUAUUGCCUCCAUUGAGACUAUAGUUACAGGCUCUAUUUUGCCAUAGGUUGUUCUGCUUUUUCUUCUCUGCUUUCUGCGAUAUGCCUUGGCCACUGUUACAGUGAAACCUGUGAGAGCUAGGACUCCAUGGGACUGCCUUGUUUUUCCAGGUCUUGCAAGUUUUCCACCUUUGACAGCGUUCAUUCAUACCACUUUCUAUCACUAUUUGUGGAAAAUAAUUGUGUUUUCCUUCUCUGACAGGUUUUGCCUUACGCAGGUUCCGACUUUCACAGGUUUUACUGUAUUCUUCCUGUUAUAUUUGGUGAAAAGUCUGUUUAGACUUGGUUCCUAAUCACUGAGUUUGUGGCCUGCUUAUUUUCAUAUUUUUUGACCAUCAUAUUGUUUCUACUUUCUUUUGUUUCUCUUGCAGAAUUAGAUUCUGGUUAUGAAUUGUUUGCCCUUUAUUUGAUUUAUGAUAAAAUGCCCUUUCUGCAUUUUUUCAAUGACUUUAAUUUACCAGUAAGGUUCCUGUAUUUAUCUGUAUGUACUGUCUCUUGAGUAGAAUAAAGUUACUCAGCAGGCAGCACAUCGGUCUACUGAAGUCCCAAUUCGUUUCUUUUUUCACUGAAAUAAAAUUUAAAAAAAAAAAAGGGUGUAGUAAAAUCCAGGCUAGCUAGCUGACUAGCUCCCCAGGCAGGCUAUGAUAAUCACAAGAAUAGUUAAUAUAUUAGGCUGUUUUGCUGAAUAAACUGGUUCUAAAGGAGGCAGGGGUCAAGUCACUUGUCUCAUAUAUUACAGUGGCUCUCUGCAUCCCCGAAACGCCUUCCUUCAGUAAGCAGAGUGCUUGAGUGCACCCCCUUUGACCUGCCGAUAUGUAGAUCACAACAGCUGAUGCUUCCUGGAAUUGCCGAUUACUGUAACUGCUGCCCAUCUGUCAAUGAAGGAGCAGUUUCAGAACUCAGACUUGGGGGAGGAAAAGUAAUUAAUGGAAGUUAUAGAACUAACCAAAGACCUUCUUUCAACUCAACCUUCUGAAACUCUUGCAAGUUCAGACAGUUUUGCUUCUACACAACCCACUCAUUCGUGGAAAGUAGGAGACAAGUGUAUGGCAAUCUGGAGUGAAGAUGGACAGUGUUAUGAAGCGGAGAUUGAGGAGAUAGAUGAAGAAAAUGGCACCGCUGCAAUCACGUUUGCUGGCUAUGGCAAUGCUGAAGUGACUCCACUGUUGAACCUCAAGCCUGUAGAAGAAGGGAGGAAGGCAAAGGAGGACAGUGGCAACAAACCCAUGUCGAAAAAAGAAAUGCUUGCCCAACAGCGUGAAUAUAAAAAGAAGAAAGCUUUGAAAAAAGCACAGAGAAUAAAAGAACUUGAGCAGGAAAGAGAGGACCAGAAGGUGAAAUGGCAACAAUUCAACAAUAGAGCCUAUUCUAAAAACAAAAAAGGCCAGGUAAAGAGGAGUAUUUUCGCUUCACCUGAGAGCGUAACUGGCAAAGUUGGAGUAGGAACUUGUGGAAUUGCUGAUAAACCUAUGACACAGUAUCAGGAUACCUCUAAAUACAAUGUCAGGCAUUUGAUGCCUCAAUAAUCAGAAAAACUGUUGGAUUUCAUCUCUGCAGGGCUUUACAUUUACCUUUUUAUCCUUAUAUUUUUCUAAAGGUAAAUUAUUUGUUAGAUGAGUAAGGAAGAAUACCAUUGUCACUGACUUCAAUAGAAUGAAACUUGAAGAAAUUGCAUUUGAUAACUGCUACUCAUUUAACUUUCAUUACUACUACCACAGUUCCCUUAAAGUUUGUUGAAUAAAGUGACUUUUCUAGAUAAGACGCUGCUUAAAUAGAACACCUAGAAGAAUUAUUGAUCUUCCUAAUGUCAGAUCCCCCUUCAACCGAUGGUAUAUAUUUUUUGUAAGAUUAUAACUUGGACUUUUCAGAUACUUUGAACUUGUCACAUAUUCUUGCAAUUCAUCGGAACUUCAAGGCAAAAACACCAACCUAUUAAAGAAAUCUUUGCUUUUUUCCUUACCUUUCAACUUAAACCAAUUAAGCCUAAAUAUAAGUUAAUUUGUAAAUGGCAACAUUUGUUUUGAGGUUUUUCCUUCAAGAACUGGUUUCCUAAUCCUAUUAGGCCAUCUCUAAAAUUGAUUCAGCUUUCAUUCUUUUCAUGAGUUUUAUGUAAGAAACCAUGUUUAAGACCACCUGCCUUUUCUAAGGUUUUUUUUGCUGUGUUGAUUUUUCACUAUGGUAGUGGUACCAUUUUUUGGAUGUAAUGUUUAUAUGGGAAAACAAAAAGCUAAUGUAUAGCCCUGUAUACAGUGUAGAUACUAUUUUUGUAAAAAAAAAAACAAAAAACAAAACCCAA